AUGAGUCGAGUACCGAACAGUCAACCCGUAACUAUUACUUCCACAAUAGAUGCCAAGUCUUUGUCUACAUUACAAGCAACUAAAUUAUUCAAUUAUCAUCAAGGAGCAUCAAUAACCUCACUAGAUUUCGAUGAUAAUGGACAAUUUUUAGUAUCAUCAGGAAUUGAUAAAUCAAUACAAUUAUAUGAUUGUAAUAAAGGUACACAUAUAAAAAAUAUUCAAUCACAAAAAUAUGGAGUUCAUUCAGCUAUAUUUACUCAUGAAGAAUUAAAUUGUUUAUAUUUAUCAACACCUGAAAAUCCACUGACGGAAGAAAACCUCGAUGAUAAUUCAAUUAGAUAUUUAUCAUUGAAUAGUAAUCAAUAUAUUCGAUAUUUUAAAGGACAUAAAUUACAAGUUAAUAAUAUUGAAAUUAAUCCAACUGACAAUAAUACAUUUUUAAGUUCAAGUUUCGAUGGAACUGUCAAAUUAUGGGAUUUUAAAAACACCUCACCAGUAGGAAAUAUUGAAAUUGGAAGUAAUUCAAUUAUUGGAUAUGAUCCACAAGGUAUUGUAAUUGGAGUAGGGGCAGUACAAAAUAAAAAAGGGAUAUUGAAAUUAUAUAAUUUAAAAAAUUUUGAUAAGAUUCCAUUUUUAAUUAAAGAAAUUGAUAUUUUACCUGAACAAAUUUGGAAUAAAUUGGAAUUUUCAAAUAAUGGGAAAUUAAUAUUAAUUUCAACUGAUUCUCCGGAACAUUACAUAUUAGAUUCAUUUUCUGGUGAUAUAUUAGCAAUUGUCAGGUUGGCAAUUAGUUCAAAUCCUGAUAUUCCUAUGAAUUGGAUGAAAUUUAAAUAUCCAUAUACAGGUUGUUGUACGUUUUCGCCAUGUGGUAAAUAUCUCUUUGUUGGUACUCCCAAAAAUACCAUCAAUAUUUAUGAUGUUUCAAAUUUACAACCAACUGGGAAUGGAAGACCCGUUAUAUUAUCAAGAACAACUAAUGUUUUACACACAACGAAUUGUGGGUUACCAAAGAUUGUAGCUUUUAAUCCAAAGUUGUUUGAAUUGGCCAGUGCUGAUACAACCGUUACUUUAUGGCUGCCAAGUUAG